CGUAAUGUGGCCCAUCAUGCAAUCCUCCUCGCUUAUCUCAUGCUUUCCAAACACUUAGAUUCCCCGUAGCUCUAAUUGUUUUUCCAUCGUUAGAAGUUGCCCCAAACAUUCAUUAGUUUGUCUCAUAUCUUUACCAGGUACACUUGGCCCCAUCAACUGUGUACACUUGUAUUUAUCCCGUAUUGAAAUGAGUUAUCUAACUUAGUUGAAAGGAUACUGAUUAAAAUAAACCCUGGCCUAAAUGCCCAGGAUUGUAAUAUCAAAGCCGUGUCCUUAAUGGAGAAUACCUUAAACAAACCCAGCAAUAUAAUUCAUGCAUGAGCUGAGGACGUUAUAGUGUUACAAUAUGUAUUUACAGGAGCAGUGGCUCGUGCCUAUUUAGCAAUGUAAAUAUGCAUUUUUUUUAAGUUGACUUAACACGAUUGAAUCGUUGAUAUGGUUUGUAUCAUGCUAAGAUAAGUUUAAAAACCGCUUUAAAAGCGGAACGGGCGGUUGUUCUGCAGCCAAAUUGAGUCAAACGUCCGUGAAACCACGCCCACUACUCCAGGACGAAUCAAGGUCAUUCACAAAUUCACCAUCAGCUGUGCGCGAUUGUCUCGCUGGGCCAAUGGGCGAAGAGUUACGGCGAUUUCCAACACCGGCAGCUGCGAUUAGCCGAACGUGUGGGGUCGAGGCCGCAGAGGAGCGCUGGAGCCUGAAAGGUGGGGUGACUGGUGACGGCGUAGAAGGCAGAACUUCAUGGUGUAGGUCGUAGGCGUGUUAGGUGGUUAUGUUGCACCAAAACGGCAACAGCGCAGGUCUACAUUUUUGCAUAAUCGCCCCACCGCCCCCCAAAACGGACUUUUCUCGGUGAGGUGUUGUGGGCGAGAUUUUGUCGGAGAGCUCCUUCUUUUAUCCUCCGUCUUUUGGUGCGUGUGCGCGUGGGGAAAAACAAAAACGAACGAAUGGACAGAGUUUAGUCGGCGCAAACUUUUUUUCCUUUUCCCCCAAAGAUCCAAUUUGGGACGCUCGCUUUAUGACCGGUUCUCACGCAUUUUGGGAGAUGUCUGAAAGAUCGCAGAGUCCGGAGUGCCAAGUCAGGCCGUAUGACUUCAGCCGCACCAACCCUUGCAACCAGGUUCUGGGUCACGAGUGUUCGGGCAGCCCCGCGUCAUUCCAGCUGCCCCACGGCGUCCUGCCGGACCCGGGCCUUUUCUACAACAAAGCCGCUUAUGGUGGCAUCACACCGGGGUCCGGGCAGACCUUUUUCGCGUUCCCACCGGUCACCAGUGACUACCGGGGAUCCGAUCUUCAAACUGGAGAGUUUGGGCAACCCAAGCAUUGGUAUCCAUUCGCUGCGCCCGAGUACACCGGCCAGGUACCCGGCGCAACGGGAGCCAGCCAGCCUACAAACCUGAGCCCCCCGCAAGCCGAGACGCGGGAGCAAAUCAAACUGCACGAAAUUAAGACCGAAAAGGACACCAGCAAUGACUACUCAACGGAGAUAAAGGUUCAACAGUAUCCAACUGCGCCAGCGUCCGCCGCCAUGGCCCAUGGGGUCUUCUACUCUCCGGCCUGGAACUCGUCCUUCUGGCCCGGGAUCAGCCACAUGACACCACCCAGUAGCAGUAAUCAAAACCCCUCAACAUCCUCUGCAUCGUCGCCGUCGAUGUCCCCAUCUCCCCCUAGCAACGGGCUUCCAGGGAACGCGUUUUUCAGCGUGAACACCACCCAGGCUGCCGCCGGGCCGCAGGCGCAGAACCCGGCCUCUUCCACGCGGAGCAGCGGUUCCUCCAGCGGCGGGUGCAGCGACUCGGAGGAGGAGAAUCUUUCCACAGAAGAGCUGGAGCAGUUUGCCAAAGAGCUGAAACACAAACGCAUUACCUUGGGUUUCACCCAAGCUGAUGUUGGCCUUGCCCUGGGAAACCUCUAUGGUAAGAUGUUCAGCCAGACGACCAUUUGCCGCUUUGAGGCCCUGCAGCUGAGCUUUAAGAACAUGUGCAAGCUGAAGCCCCUUCUUCAGAGAUGGCUCAACGAGGCCGAGACCUCGGACAAUCCCCAGGAUAUGUACAAGAUUGAGAGGGUAUUUGUUGAUACCAGAAAGCGGAAGAGAAGGACCAGUCUGGAGGGAGCCGUGCGCUCUGCCCUGGAGUCUUACUUCAUCAAGUGCCCCAAGCCCAACACCCAAGAGAUCACGCACAUCUCAGAUGACCUGGGUCUAGAGAGAGAUGUUGUACGCGUGUGGUUUUGUAACCGACGACAGAAAGGAAAGCGCCUGGCCUUGCCACUAGACGAGGAGUGCGACGGGCAGUACUACGAGCAGAGUUCUUCCCCACUGAACAUGGUCAACUCCCCGAUUCCCAAUCAGGGCUACCCGGCGUCCAGCUACCACGGUGCCCCUCCUCCUACACUGUACAUGCCGCAGCUCCAUCGGCCCGACCUGCUGAAACAAGCCCUGCACCCCGGACUAGUUGGUCACCUGACUGGAUAAACGGGUGCGCAGGUAGACCGGAGCCACAGAUAGCCUUCCCAUGCCUCUCUGUCCGACCCCCAUUUGAGCCGAAGAAGCGUCUCUAAACCCAGUUGCAGAUUACAUCGGUUGAUGGUGAGAUAGAAACAUUCCAAGUGGGGAGGCUCGUCUACCGACUGCAGCGGGGAGAUGGGAGUGGUUCCUUGAUCCCGCCGUGUGGCAACAUCCUCUUCAAAUGGCUGGAUUUCCCUUCAAACCGAGAGUUAAAACCGAACAUGCCCUUUUUGCUUUUAAUUGGCUAAUACGUAGUAAGUUAUUCUAAAUAGGCUUUAAUCAUUACAAGGUUAGAACAAUGUCAAAGGGAGAUUUGGUGCGGAUGUUAACUUGUUUAAAUAAGUGGUCCAGUUGUUGGGUUAAAGAGCCAUGGUAAUCCCUCCACUUUUGCCAAAACCUGCCCAGGAUUUUCUGUGGUGCCGAUAAUGAAAUCAUUACAAGUUUGGAAUUUUAAAUCAAAAUCUUGACCGUUUGUCAAUGUUUGUGCAAUACUUUCAUCUAUUUCAUAUGAAUAGACCAGCUGCAGUAUUUGUCUGAUCUGCCUCAUUGUGGUUUUGCACAACGUUUCUUUUGUAUUGUUAAAUCUUUUUUCUUUUUUUUUUUUAUAAACUAAUAUGCCUUGUAUGCUGAACACAGAUUUUUGUCCUACGGUUGUUGAUUAUCAUUGUCUUUUAGCAAACAUUUUUUUAUGUGUGUGUGGGGGAGGGGUGAGUGAUGUGACGCUAAAUAAUGACUUGUUACUCACGUGUCUGAGCUGCUAUCUGCCAUUUGCACACAAUCAAUAUUUUCCCAAUGUCUCAGGUGAAUUAUAGCGAAUUAUUGACUAAUGUGACCUGGAUCAAUUUUUUCAAAUUGUAUUUCAAUAUGUUUUAAAGGGUUUUUAUGUUUACAAAAUGUUGAAUAACACUCAAUACUUGUGACAAGUUUUGCUUAAUGGAGUAUUUCUCUUCAGAUAUUUUUAGACAAGUCAAGACAUUAAAUGUCAUUUAUUCACUCCUAUGAACUGAUUUUAUUUGAAAAAAUUAACAGUAACCUAAAGUGCUUCAUUUUUUCCAUUUGUGAAUAUCCUAAAUACUCAACUUUUUUUUUUUUCUCAAACCGAUUAAGUGGAUUUAUUAUAGUUAAUAGCUACAAUGUCUUCAAAACACUAACCAUAAAUCUAUGCAACUAGUCAAAAACCAUGAUCGUCUGUCUUGAUAUGUAUAAAGGUCAAAUGCUUUUUUUUCUUUUCAUGUUAGUAAAGUUUUUCAUAUCCAA